CAUUUCCCACUCAGCACGCUAUAUAUAGAAGCUCCAGAAUGCAGAUUGAAUAUAGAUUUGGUUGUUGAUCCAAAAAAAAAAACGAUACAAGUAAGAAUUUUAAUUGGUGCGAAGAUGUCGAUCUACAACGAUGAUGAGCCAAUUCGGAAACAGAAUAGCACAGAGGAAGAAGCAAGUCUUGAACUGGAUGGAAACACAGAGGCGAGAAUCAUCAACAAGCAGGAGGCACCACUGGAGGAAAGCCCAUUUAAGGUGUUGCUGGAGCUCAAGGGGGUAGGAUCCGGUGAGGGCAGAUUAGGGGUGGAUCUUGUAACCAUCCUAGAUGUCAGCGGUAGCAUGCAGGGAACCAAGAUCGCAAAAAUGCAACUUGCCAUGCAGUUCUUGGUCCAGAAACUUGGCCGUACCGAUCGUUUGUCGGUCGUCACUUUCAACAGGAAGGCCGACAGGCGGUGCCCGUUGCGCCAGAUGACUGAAGAUUCUCGAACAAAUAUUACAAAUGACGUCAAUGGUUUAGUAGCGCGUGGUAGCACAAACACAGAAGCUGGCCUUAAAAUGGCCAUGAAAAUACUGAAUGAACGCACUCGCUCCAAACGGCGCCGUGCUGCCAUCAUGCUUAUGUCCGAUGGGAUAGAAGACGAUGAGAGUGAUGCUGCCAAUGUUUCCGUCGGCGACGUUCCGGUCUACACAUUCGGUUUUGGUAGUGACUGCGAUGGGGAGGUGCUCAGAGCCAUCGCAAAGAAUGGAGGAACCUAUGCAGAUGUUGUAGAAUUGGAUAAGUUGAAUGUUGCGUUCUCUAUGUCUUUGGCUGGGCUUCUAAACGUGGCUAUUGAGGACCUGGACCUCACCAUCACACUAGAUAAGGGUGCUAAAUUUACUGCCGUGAAUGCCGGAAAUUAUCAACAAAACAAGGGCAGUAAGGACGUCGAGCCUGUAACUGUUAAAUUUGGGUCAUUGUACGACAGAGAGAUCCGCAAGGUCCUUGUGGAUCUUACUCUCCCAGAGGUUAAAAAUCGGUUGGGAGCCAACUAUUUCACAAUUUCGUACCGGUACAGGGUUGGUGGGAAGGAUACUUAUAAGACUAACAAGAUAAUUUCAAAUGUGACCCGCGUCGCUGGUUCAAGUGAGGCGGAGAGGGAAGAGGUGCUUGCUGAGGAAAAACGUAUCGGAACUGCAAGCUCGAUGAAAGAAGCAAGAUUAUUGGCUGACGCCAAGAAGCUGGAGGAGGCCAGGAAAAAGCUGCAAGAUGCCAAAACAAAACUUUCGGUGAAGGAGGUUGAUGCUAUACUCAGGGCUCAGCUGGACCAGCUCCUUGUGUUCAUGGUAUCCCAAGAAACCUACGACAAACAAGGGCGUGCUUUUGCGCUUGCUGUUGAGGCCUCUCAUGAUUCCCAACGUGCGCAACCUCUCCCAAAUGCUGAUCCCUCUAAGGUGGGUAUGUUCACCACUCCCCUUAUGGACCUCUUCAUGCAACAAGCUAUGUUAUUUGACCAGAAUCCCACUGGUUAUCGAGUGCCCACGGAGGAGGAGGAUAAGAAGGUCAUACUUAAUAAGCUUGAAAUGGCAGUGAAAUUCAUGAAUGACAUGGCCAACAAAAUAAAAGGCAUGGCAAUGCCAGGAAUAGGAAUGUUCACAGGAAAACCUGCUCAAGGAAAACCUUGAAAGUCUUGUCACGCACGAGCUAAAUACUUGUAGGUGACACCGGUACCCUCACCUUCGCCAUGGGGUUCGUUUUUACAGCAUUUUCUUUUUAAUAUCUAUUUAUUUUUCUUUUCUGUGAUAAUCAUGUACCCCGCAAUCCUGUUUCUAUGUCACAUCCUUAAAUAAAGGCUGCUUGUAGGCCUCCUCUUUAUUUC